AUGAAGUUGCACUUCAGCAUCGCAGCCACCGAGGAGCUGCGGGAGAGACGCGGGGGCCGCUACGUGCUGCACUCGGUGUGCCUGGAGGGCUUCCUGCUGGGCAUGGCGCUGCACAGCCAGCUCCGCCGAUGGGACGCGCAGCUGAGGCAACUUUUUGGGAGUGCUGUGCCUGGUUUCCCUCCAAAGCUUUACCUGGUAAUGACCAAAUCAAUGGCAGAUGAAAGACAAUCUCAGCUGGAGCAGUACCUUCAGAAUGUUACUUUGAAUUCAAAUAUUACCAGUAGUGAUGUCUUCAUAGGUUUCUUCAAAAAGCUGCAGCUGGAUACAUUUAAAAUCCCAACCCAGAGAGCCUUUUUGGAUGUUUACCUUGCAGAUGGUAGCAAUGUUAGGCUUGAUAUCCAGACAUCGGACACUGCAGAAAGACUAUUGGAGGUUACAUCGUGCAAGAUGGGGCUGUCAAGAGAAUUAAUAAAAUAUUUUAGCUUAUUUUUCUUUCAAGAUCAUGAUGAUGGAGCUCUCUCUGUGCUGAAAAAAGUGGCAGACUUUGAACUUCCUUAUGUGAGUCUUUAGAGCAUGAAAGAGUUGCACUGUAAGCUUGGGAUCAGAAAGUGGUACAUGGAUCCUUCUCUUGAUACACUGCUGAUGGGUUGUGGAGCUUCACUGAAUUUGCUAUAUAGGCAGGCAGUUCAGGAAGUUAAGAGGAAUUGGGUUAAACCAACUGAAGGGCAGAUGCAGGAACUUAAAUUUCUUCAGAAAAAUGAAAACAAAGCAAAGUUCCUGGAGCUGAUUAGAGAAGUGCAGUUCUAUGGAUACGUGUGGCUUGAUCCCUGCACUUGUGACUAUGCAGAAGAGUGCUGUUCAGCUGACAUCUGUGUUGGCAAUAAUGAGAUUAACUGCUGCAUAAAACUGCCUACUAACCAAACCAAAGAAGUCAGCUUUAAAAUCGACAGGUUAAGAAGUUGGCAGGUUACUUUUCUUGGUGCUACAAAGCAUGGUGAAGAAGACACAUUGGAGCUCAGAUUUGAGUACAAUGAUUCAGGCACAUGACAGUGGAUAACUUUGUACACAAAACAGGCCUUUGUGCUCAGUAACUGCUUGAAGAAAAUUAUAUCAGAACAGGUGAUGAAGGCAGCCAAAGAAGGCCAAGAAAUGGAGAUUCAGAUGUCCAAAUCCAUGAAAAACAGUAAGAAAUCCACUAUCCAAAAAAGCAGGUUAGUAGUUCAUUCAGGUUUCAUAUCAAGGAAAAAAAUUUUGGUUAGGCCAAGUGAAGAGGACUGUGUAUUUGAGAAAAUAAGAGAAGAGGACCUGUGA